AUGCUGGCCGCCACCGCCGCCUGCCGCGCGCCGGCGCGGCCGCUCCCCGCCGCGCGACCCGGCGGCAGCUACCUCCUCGAGCGCGUCCUUCUCCCCAAACGGAGAGCGCCGGCGGCGAGGAGGAGGAGGGGACGGAACGCGGCCGUGCGGUGCGGGAUGUUCCCCGUGGACCCGUGGGCGCCCGGCGUGGACUCCCAGAGCAUCGCGUCGCAGCUCUUCGCCGUGUCCCUGUUCCCCUACCUGGGGUUCCUCUACUUCAUGACCCGGUCCAAGACGGCGCCGGGGCUCACGCUCUUCGGCUUCUACUUCCUCCUCGCCUUCGUCGGCGCCACCAGUACGCGUCCUCCUCUUCCCUUUUCGUCUCGCUGCUUUCACGUGUCAAUCUAG